CUGUUGCUGUAGUACAGAGAAGACAGAGAACGUUAUGCACGUUGGCCGCCCUGUUGUUGGACGUCCUCCUGACCCGAGUUGAGGCAACGAUUUCGGCAUUUGUAGGCGCGCGACGAAGUCAUGGAUGGCUUCGCAAUUUUCAGGGAAAAAAAGCGGAAGAAGUCGAAGGCGCCCGCUCUCUCCACGUCGAGACAAGGAGAGGAGGCAUUGCUCACGAGCGGGCCUUACGGGUAUGGGUCGAGAGCCUUUGCCAAGGUGGUGGAAACGGUUACUGCUCGGCUCGAGACACGAUUAGCCGCGGCCGGGGGAGAUCGUGCUGCCGCCGCCGCCGUAGCCGGCAAGGUAAACGAGGCAUGGCGCGACAUGUACAAUCGCCCUCUACCAUCAGAGGCGGAGGUCAUGCACAGGAUUUUGACGGUUGCACCAGCGGAUGCACGACCCUCGCGGCGUAGCUCGGCGUCAUCAGACCUGUGGCGUUCUACUGGUGCUUGGCCGCAGACGGCAAGUCUGCCUCGUAAAAACGAGCAAAGCAUCGCAACGGCAGACGCAGCAACAGCAACGCGCACGCCCAAGAGGAAGUUCGUGCUCAAGGCCAUUGCAGCGAAUAAAAGGCACCGCGUCGGUAGCACGAACGCCGUUGCCGCCGCCAGGGUCAAUAUGCGCCGCGCGAAUACGGCCGCGACGGCUGAGAACGAUCCCACAGCGGAAAGAAGACGCGUUGCUGCUGCUCCUACACAGGGAGCAGAUGGGAGAGUGUCACUGGCCGCGGGGGCAGGAGCGAGACCAAACAGUGGAUCCGGCGAGAUUGGUGGGGGCGAGAAAACCGCGGCAGGAGCUCAGGGCCGAGCGGUAGCACAGGGAGGAGGUGGUGGUGCAGAGCCACCGCGGGAGAAGGAGGCAACGAACGGCCCCCGUCUCGAGCAGGCACCACCGUCCUCCUCUGGCUCCGCCACCAACUCUGCUGCUCCCAUUGCUACUGCUGCUGCUGCUGCUGCUGCUGCUGCUGCUCCUACUCCUUCCUCGCACGGUGAGGGACGAGAGAAGCAGGUCACGAUAACGGACGAGUGUGCCGAGGCAGCACCAGCAGGACAAGGGCGAACAGCACAGGCCGACGGUCGACAGCCAGCCACGGCUAUCGGGGAUGAACCCGCAAGAGACGAAGAGCGGGGGGCGGAUGAGUUUGACCUUGGGCCGAAAAAAAGUUCGAGUUACUGUGGCGUACAGAGUAGCACAAUCAGAGGGGGUGACGGGAAUCAAGUCGAUGGUGGCGGCGGCAGCGGCGGUGGCGGAGAAGGUUGUGGGAGCGAAGCAGGAGCUGACAAACCCAAGGAGGCAUCAUCUUCUGUUGACGAGGAGGAUGGGCGAAAGGAAGAGGCGGACUCUACGGUGCCGGAUGUGAUUGUGACCGCUAACUACGUUGGCAAGUUCUUGAAGAAUAGGACACGGCAGAAGUGGAAGCUGAAGUUGGAGGGUGGAGCAAUAGAGGGAGAAGGGCUGGUGUUCGUGUUCGACGAGUGUAAUUGCAACCUGGACCCUUUUGAGCCAUGACAACAGGCGAUUGUGGUCGUGAUUGUGGUUGUGGCGGUAGAGUUUGUGUUGUUGUUCGUGAGAGUGCAAACUGGAGCCCGCUCUGGACAUGAAUAGGUGUUGUCAUUGUCGUCGUUGUUGUUGUUGUUGUUGUUGUUGUUGUUGUUGUUGUUGUUGUCCUUGUAGUUGUUGGCUGUGGUGUUGCUGUUCACGUUGCUGGUGCCACUUGUUGACGUUCAUGAAGUUUUGUUAUGGUCCCAUAUAGACGCUGAUGUGACGUGAACUGGAGUGCUUGGCGCCCACGGUGUACAAAUGGAGAGGCGUUGUUCUUCAAGAAGAAAACUAGUUUGAUCUUGCAAGCUGUCCUCUCUACCACUGUACUCGGUUAUCCCGCUUCCCCACCAUGAAGAGACCGACCAGUCUGAAAGUUCUUAUUUUUUGGUUCCCUCCCGUGGUGUUUGUUGUACGGUGCCCACCGUUUUCACUGCUACGCCGGUAAAACCACGCACCCAGCGGUAAGCAGACGCUCUGGUGUGUCGCUGCUGACUGUCUUCGAUAUUUGUUCUCUUCCCAAAACGUAGCACCCACUGAUUCUGACCGUCCUUGUAGGACCGCCAGAUUGUCCAAGCUUGAUACAGGUAUGCAAACGGUUGUUGUGUCGUGAGCUACAUACCAUAACUGUUUCGGCCAAACCUUCCCCAACCUCCCUUGACUAUGUUUUGCCUAUUCCCCGGAUCGAGAGAAGGGGGCGAAGGGUAGGCACAGCUGGGCCUAUAUUUGUUUGAUGGACUUCCUUACUGAGUUGUCCUGAUUGGUUUGCCGUAGAUGGCAGCGAUUAUCACGCGGGCUGAUACCUAAUCGCCGUAUA